AUGGUGAUGUGGGAAGAGUUCGUGAGUGAUGAGACGAUGGGCACUAUAGCUCCCAUUGUUGUCUAUUGGAUUUACGCUGGAGUUAACCAGUUUCUUAGCCCUUGUUUACAUAAGUUCCGGCUUCACACCCUUGAUGAAGAGCAUGAAAAAAACGUAGUACCGAUCAUCACAGUGGUCAAAGGAGUUUUACUUCAACAGCUUCUCCAGAUCUUAAUUACCCAACUUGGAUUUUUUUCUUCCUAUACAGAGGAAACCUCAAAGCCAACGGUACAACCGUCAGUACCAAUCCAGAUCCUUCAGAUAUUACUAGCCGAGUUUUUCUUGGCCAUGUUCAUAUUCGACACGUGUCAGUACUUCGUCCACCGUUACAUGCACCACAACAAGUUCCUCUACUGCCACGUCCACUCGCACCACCACCGCCUCGUCGUCCCUUACCCGGUCGGUGCUCUCUACAACCAUCCGGUGGAAGUCAUAACCGACAUGCUCGGCGGAGCCGCUGCGUUCUUCGGGUCGGGGAUGACGCCGAGAACCAGCGUUUGGCUCUUCUGCCUCAUCACCGUCAAGAGCGUAGACGAUCACUGCGGUCUACGGCUCCCGGGGAACUUGCUCCACGUUCUGUUCAAGAAUGACGGCGCUUAUCACGACGUCCACCACCAGGUCCACCACCAGCUUAGACGGUCCGGAGGAGGGUUCGAGGUUAGGAUGAUGAAGAAAUGUUCGUAA